GGCAACCUCUUCACCCUAUACCAUAGACAAGACCCAGUGUAAUUCUUGAUGGUUUUCUGAACAAUCGGCCGGCCCACACCUGUAGUCAAGCUACUGUCGACGACGUCACAUGAAAUCAUUGUAUCAAGAUGCGCCAUCAAUGCUUUGACUUAUAUUGUUCAAUCUGCUCUGGAGUCGCAAAUUAAUUAAAGAUAGCCCCGUUCUAGAUAAGUUAACCGCGAUUUACAUCCGACUAUGCAGCAACUUGACUUUUUCCACAUCUGGACGCAGGAAUACACCCCUGAAAACAACAACAACAACAACAACAACAACAACAACAGUAGCACUAGGUUACAUACAAACCACCCGCCAACAGCAACGCUCCGUCGCAGAAACAGCUCGGCUACCACCACCACUACCACUAGUAAUCGUACUCACAAACAGCCAAAUUCACCAGCAUGGAAUCUGAGCUCCCCCCUAAGGAGCAGCUCGCUGCCCAGGCCCACGAGGGCCUCCCAAUCACACAGUCCGCAGCCUCCGCCAUCGCCGCUGCUGAGUCCGACAUGACGGGCCGCGGUCCGAUCAAGGGAGGCCCCGCCGCCACCGCGCAGAGCCUGCACGACCGUGAGGAUAACUUUCUGGCUGUCGCCGGCGAGGUGGCUCGCAAACCGGCGGAUCAGGUCACCAAGGAGGAUGCAGCUAAGGUGCAGCAUGUCGAGGCUCGUGCCCUGGGUCAUGCUCCAGGGAAGGAUUCGUUCUCGGCGACUGUGCAGUCCAUUGCGGAUCAUAAUGCACGGUCACACCAGGGAUGAGAGGAUGAAAUUUCACGGUUUGGAUGAGGGUGUUAUGUAUGGCAUGCACUGGAAAUACUCAUAGAAGACGGCGUUGGGAAACUGUACCCCUUGUUUUGAAGCAUUCAUGUAGUUCAUUAGGAGCUCAAAACGUCUACCGUGGUCUGGCCUUGCCGUCUAUUAUCAUGUCUCAAGGUCUUUGACUCUAAUUGUAGUUGUGUGAACGCUCU